AUGCAGAGUUCAUUAAAAGAUGAGUUACUUAUUCCUGACAAGCGAAGUUUCGUCCGACUUCAACCCGAACUGGGACAAGUCGUUCCAAUCGAAGAUCAAUGUUCUUAUGGAUGCCAUCAAGAACGUGAGCCAACUUCGGAAACCUCGCUCCUCCGUUGCACGUGUCGUCCCGUUCGUUACGCGUUCCCUCAGCGCGCCAUUUCCCUUCCCGACAUGCACCGUUACGUUCGCGUCCGCUUCGGACGAUCACGUGAUCCGUCUGUCGAGUUGAGUCGAGUCGAAGAUGGAAUGUCACGCAGCUGUGGUCAAUUCAAAAUUCCACUUCGUUAUUCCUUUGACUACAAAUCAUUAUCCUUUUACUCUCUAUUCAUCUUCUUCUUCUUCAUCUCUCUCUCUCUCUCUCUCUCUCUCUCUCUCUCCUUUUACCUUUUCUUUCUCUUUUUACUCUCAUUCCCUCUUUCUUUUUUACUUUCUUUCUUUUGA